ACUUCAUGCUCGUUCCUACUUUCAACAUAAUGCAGAUGAAUUUGAAUUAAAAGAAUUAGAUUUUCAACUUCAGGAUGCUAUUCGGAAGAUGAAGAGGCUUGACAAGAUAUUGGUGAAGAGACAAUACAGAGAAAAAGAAAUUAAGAAGCAAGGUCUAGAAAUGAGAAUAAAGCUGUGGGAGGAACUUAAGUCUGCAAAAAAUGGUGAAGUUUUGCAAAGUAAUGAGGAGAUGGAAAAUACAAAAAAGUUUCUAGCUUUGACUGCUGCAUCAGAAGAAACUGUUGAUCCUUCUUGUAACAAGCAUGAAGAUACCUUUUUCUCGGUGUUUCACACUCAAGUUCCACCAGAAAACUAUGAAAAUCAUAUACAGAAUGUCAAACAAGAUUUUACCUAUGAUGUGGAAAGAAAUGAGUCAAUGAUCAAAGAAGAAAAUAAACCUUUCUCAAAUACAGAAAAGAUUGAGCUCAGGGGUAAACACAGCCAGGAUUUUAUUAAGCGAAACAUUGAGUUGGCCAAGAAUUCGGGAAAACCAGUGGUGAUGAUUGACAGAGAAAAGGAAAAGCUGGUUGAACUUUUGAAGGACUUAGACGAUAGUGAUUCAGGGCUGUCCAGUUCUGAGGGAGGUCAGUAUGGCUGGCUGGUCCCGGGAGAAGGAUACACGCUUGCAGUCACCCAGCAUCAGCAGCUUGCUGAAAUUGAUACAAAACUCCAAGAACUUUCUGCCAUCUACCCAACAAUUUUCAGCUCUUCUCCAAGACCAGAACAUCAGAAUGAUAAGAAACCUGACCUUAAUGGUGAUGAUAGAAAUACAGAAGUAACUCCAGGAGAAAAGGUUCUUCAAAACGCCAAAGAACAACGGGAUCAGCAGAAUCGGUUGAGAGAGAUAGAUGAAAAACUAAGAAAGAUGAAGGAAAAUGUGGUGAUGGCAGGCCAAGAAACACAUUUUGAAACAAGUGGAACGUAA